AUGAAGACUAUUGCACGGAUGUUGCUUGCUGUUAUUUUGGUUCAGCAGUGUCGUUUCGCUAUCUCAAAGGAAAACAAUAAACUUCUUUCUUCCCAGCAAAAAGAUAAACAGAGAUCUAGUUUGCCAAUAAAUGUGAACAAUAACUUCAUUUACCAAUUUACACAAGAACGAAAGAGAGCCCUCUUAAAUGCAUAUGGUACUCGCGCAUUUCCAAAGCAGGAUCGGAAAGAUUCUACUAAUGAAUUGCACGUUUCAAUGGAAAGGCGAAAACCUGCUAUCUCUUCGAAAAUUCAACAUGAAAUCACGCACAGAAAACUAAGGACUACGCACAGAACUUUACAAACAACGCACAGAAGCCCACAAAACACGCAAAGACGUCUUUUUGAGAAAAACGCAUUGUUGAACAAGCUCACUAAGCUGAAAUCACAUAAUUAUGCUGCUCGAAAUUUAAUUAAUUUAUUCAACAGACAAAUCCCUGGUAGUGCAGAAACAAAUGGAAUUAGUCGAGAAACAUCAAUGGAAUUAAAUAGAAACAACAUAAAAAGUAAACGGAGUGUUAAAAUCAUGGCCUAUGAUCGAAAGUUUAAAUUCGAGAGUCCGCCGACUUUGAAUGAGUCGAAGUUGGAAAACAAUUUAUCUUCAAAAAUAUCUUUCAAACCACCCCUGCAAGUUGUCUUCUAUUAUAACAUGUUUAAACCGCGCGAAGUGAAAGAGAACUUCGCUUUAUCAAAUGGAGCCGAACACCAAAUGAAAAACACCUUUCUUCCACCUACAAUUUUAACCACCCUUCACAAAGCUUUGCUUGUUCAUCCAUUUAAAAUGUGGAAACUAAAACACAAAUUUAGCUCAAUGAAAGAUAUACGUGUUCAUGAGAAUGAAUUACACGAAGUUAUUCAGAACCCAUGGAAUCAGAGACUACAACAUAAAUUGUAUAAGGUUUUACGAGGCGAAGACGUGUAUUUGGACGUGUUCGGGGGCUCGAACACCGUCGGCGCUGGACCAAAGAAAGAUGAGGGGGACAUUGAAGGGAGAUUCUCUAAGGUGAUCACACACUGGUGGAAUAAAACAAUUACACCAAUCACUGGAUCGAACCUUAAACUUCGAGAGAUUGCAAUGGGGGGCACUUCAAGCGAAUUUUUUCAGUUUUGUUUCGGUUCGUAUAUCCAUGAAAAGCUCGACCUUGUCUUUAUAGAAAUGGCAGUCAAUGAUAUGAGGGAACUUCCCUCCAAUGCUAACAAAAGUCUACCACUAGAGCAGCUGACUCGACAACUUUUGGCGUAUCCAACAGAGCCAGCUUUGGUUUAUAUAAAUUUAUUUAAAGGUCUGUAUUGCAAUGAAGGAUGUACCAAUAUUGAAGAUUACGGGCAAGACCUCUUAACUGAUACUUAUAAUAUCACAUCCCUAAAGUGGCGCAAUGCUGUUUGUUUUGGAAAUACAAGUAAUAAACUUAAAAGUCCCUGCGAGUUGAUUUGUUCAGAUAAAUGGCAUAUUAACCAGCUUGGCCAUGCGCAUAUUUCCUUGAUGGUCAUCAAUCUAUUUCGAAAGAUCGUACUGGAUCAUAUCUCCAGCGUGAUUACAAAUUCACGUGUAACCAACUGGAAGAAACCCACGCGUGUGUCCGGCGAGAAUGAAUCCAUGCGCGUACACCGGGGAAUUACAUUUUCUACAAGAAAUCAAUUCUUACGUGGGCUCUUGCGCCACAAAAUUGCACUUCCUCGCCCUGUUUUUAUUAAUAAAACCACCAAAAUCAUCUCCGAACCGCUUUGCUGGACAAAGCUGUCGCCAAAUUACCAUCGUAUAAAUGAUGUAAAAAAUAAUUUAAAUGUAGUUAGAACAAAAAACAAAGGCUUUUAUUUAGAACAUGCAAAAAUUGGGGGGAAAUGCAAUAAGCCACCUUGUCGUGUUGAUGCGUAUAGGAGCUGGACAGGUAAAACCGUGGGCGCAAAUAUAACAUUCUCUUUCACAGUUCCUGGUGGGAAUUCUUCCAUGUCGGCGAGGGGAAUCCAAACUCGGUCGGUAGUAGUUGCCAUACGGACAUGCUGGAACUGUGGUGCCGCAGAUAUGUGGUUGGAUAGUUACUAUAAAAGCAAGAAAUUAUUCAGCGCGAAACUCCAUUUUGGACGAACUACCACCAAAAUAGUAGCUUUGCAUGUGGAACCGGGGAAUCAUACUUUAAAUGUGGAAAUAGUCAGGGAAGGAGAAGUCUCCAUUGUUGCUAUAAUGGUAGGACCCUCUGAUGGACCAUAUUAG